UAUGCGCACCUCUGAUCAGAUACAUUUAAAACAUAGAACAGUAAAUCGUCUGUGCCUGUGUCGGAUAAUAUUAAUCGUUUGACCUAACAUUCACUUACUAAUUGAAGGUACGAAACAAAAAGAACCGAAGCCGAUCUGUUUUAUUCAAUCGUUAUGAAAGAUAUAGAAUAUGUAUAUUCAGGGAAUUAAUGAAAAACAUCGAGUAUCGUUGUAAUUUUAUUUCACAGGCCCAUCUGUGUUUAUUCCGCCUGUUGGUAAUCUAGGAAAUGAUACUAAAAUAAUACGAUAUUUUUCGCAAAAUUUUGAGUCUCAAUUUUUGAGUCGCUAAAAAUUCUUGUCGCAAACACUCUCUUUGUUCUAUUUAUUUACUUAAAACUUCAAAAUUUUCAAAAUUUCAGAAGCUCGCAUGUUUUUCGAAAUUUCAUCAAACGUAAAAAAGUAGUUUAUACGUCAGGUCUACUGUAUUGCGAUCAAUCAAUGAUCGUACCAUUAUUACACUCUGAAUCUGUACAUAAAAUGCUCGUCAAAUGUACAAAGUCACUACGCUAUAUACAUAUUACACAAUUUAUGCAAAUUCUCGUGAAAGAUAUAUCACAAAUUAAAUAUGCAAACAAAUGAAAACACACUGUCGCACUAUUUACCAUUACCUUUAACUUUCGAUAUAAUUUAAAUAUACAACAUUCAGAAAAAGUUCAAUAUUCUCUUUGACAUCGAAGUAGGUAUAGAUAGGUAUAAUUGAAAUUUCCAACUCGUUGUUAGUUGCGUAUAACGUGAUUUGAUACAUUGCGUUACAUUUCUUUUUUUACGUAAGAUUUUAUUGCUAGUGUAUGAUUGAAACAGUUGAAAUAAAUAAUUAACUGUUACAAACGAUAGCAAUUGUAAAAUAUUAUGGCUACAAAUAAAAAUGUUAUAAUACUUGUGCCAAAUGGUCGUCGACAAAAUAUUGGAGUAACUCCAAACACUACAAUACUACAAACAUUACAAUCGUGUAUUAGAUUCCAGUGCUAUAUUAAGAUUUAUCGGAUUGGCAAACAACGCACAAUUAGAAAUGGUACCUUGUACAAAAACACGUUCUAUCUCCAUCGUUACAAUAGGUAUACAGUUAGAAAAUGGGGAAAGAUCGACGACCGAAGUUACACCUAACACAACGUUAGCUGAAAUUUUGCAGAAUGUAAAUUUCAACGAAGAUCUUGAAAAAAUUACUUUGAUUUACAUGCAUCGUGAGAUUUCUGGAUCAGAAGCUUUAAAAACUACCACUUUAAAGUCAUUAGGACUCAUUAACGGUAAAGCCGUAUUACGGUUAAUACAAAAACGAUCCCAAACCGUAGAUAAUCUUAACAAAGUUACAGCAACAGAUACUAAUAAAACAUUAGAGUUUGCAAUUUCUAAAAAGAAAAUACAAAAGUCGGGAGAAUCAGAGAUACGUUCUCAGGACAAAGAAAAAAGAACAAUAACAGAAAGGGAAGAAGAAACUAAUACACUACCAUCAGCUAGUACAGAUAACUAUGAUAAAAGCCAAAUUUUAGCGCAGCCGUGCAAGAAACAUGAAACAGAUGACUUGAAUAACAUAGAAUUCUUGGGUGAAAGAAACGCUUUAGUAUUCAAUCAAGCUGCAAUUCAAGGAAUAUCUAGAGACGAAUUACCAGAUGAUUUUUACGAUCUAACAGUUGACGAUGCAAAAAUAUUAUUAAGAGAUGCUAAACGUUACAGAAAAGAACUAGAAGAAGCGCCACUUUUAACGAACGCUCAACGACAAUCGAACAAAGAGAAGCGAAUAUCAGAUCAAUUAAACAAAUAUCACUAUACAAUAAUUCGUAUACAGUUUCCAGAUCAAUUCGUUCUUCAAGGUUUAUUUCAACCAAUGGAAACUGUACAAACGAUCAAAGAUUUUAUAAAAUGUUAUUUGAACGAUUGGAACAAUAGGAAUAUAUUUUUACAAUACAAUACUUUGUACUCGGUAUCUUUAAGAACAAAGACUAUCAUAGACCGUGCGAUGGGCUGUAAAAUUUCCCGCGAGGUCGAUCUUAAAAUUGAUCUAACUCGAAUUAUUCAACAUGUUAUACGGAAAGUACGCAUUUUUAUUACAAUUAAAAAUACACAUUUUUCUCAUUGGAUAGUUACUACGCCACCAAAACAUAUUUUAAACGUUAAUGCUCGCUUAAUCGAUGAAAACUUGGUUCCUUGUGCCAUCGUUCAUUAUUCCGGCUCGUCAGCUCUUAAAUCGGACGUAAAACAAAAAUUUACGGAUCCUAAGAAAGUCGAACUGCAAGUAGCUAAUGCUAGAAAGUCGAUGACAAAGAACCAGGAAAUGACAAGUAAAGACGAGAAUGUAAAUAACGAUACAAACGAAUCGAACACACAAACAAGCAACGAAUCAUUAAACGAAAGAAAAAGUAAAAUUCCAAAGUGGUUAAACCCAUCGUUUAAAUAACCAAUUGAUUCUCGUCAUUGCUCACAAAUUUUUGUAAUAUUUUGCAACGAAGUAUAACGAUAUUUUAAUAUGCGGCUGCACACACGCGCACGCACCCACCCACCCACCCACACACACACACACACAC